AUGGCUAAGCCGGACGCAGAGCCUGUGGAGGCAUUUGAGGAUUAUGAAUCUCUCCCACCAAAUUUUUCGUUGAUUCAGAAUAUGGCCGCGGGCGCCUUUGCCGGAAUCGCGACCCGAAUGCAAAUCCUCAACCCCACCCCAUCCGCCGUAUACAAUGGUAUGAUACAAGGAGGAUACCGGAUAGCUACUGGAGAGGGGCUUCUCAGUUUAUGGCGCGGAAUGUCAAGUGUGGUUGUGGGAGCUGGACCCGCACAUGCUGUUUAUUUUGCUACUUAUGAAGCUGUGAAACAUCUUAUGGGAGGAAACAAAGCUGGUGUUCAUCAUCCUCUUGCUGCUGCUACUAGUGGAGCUUGCGCAACCAUAGCUAGUGAUGCCCUCAUGAAUCCUUUUGAUGUUAUUAAACAGCGUAUGCAAAUGCAUAAUUCGAAAGUAAUGUACAAAUCAAUGUUCGAUUGUGCUAGAUACGUCUACCGAACCGAAGGUCUUACCUCGUUCUACGUUUCCUACCCUACCACACUUUCCAUGACAGUUCCUUUCACUGCUCUUCAAUUCCUCGCAUACGAAUCGCUGUCGACCGUUAUGAACCCUACCAAAAAAUAUGACCCAUGGACUCAUUGUACAGCUGGUGCGAUUGGAGGAGGUUUCGCAGCUGCGCUUACAACCCCUAUGGAUGUGGUUAAGACUCUAUUACAAACUAGAGGAACGGCUAGGGAUGCAGAACUGAGAAAUGUCAGUGGUUUUGUGGAAGGGUGUCGAGUUAUUCAUCGAAGAGCAGGUUUGGCCGGAUUUUUCAAGGGUGUUAAACCAAGAGUGAUUACUACUAUGCCAAGUACUGCUAUUUGUUGGUCUGCAUACGAGGCUUGCAAGGCUUAUUUCAUUAGGCAGAACGAUAUGGAUGUUUAA